AUGCGUAUCGUGCCAGUGCGGUUAUCUACUUCUUGUUGCCACAAAAAGAAGGAAGAGCCCAAAUUUUUCAGCACUGAAUUCUGGUCGGAUAAAGUAGCAUGGCAACGCACACGUGUCAAUACUUUAAGAUGCCUGAUAGGAUGCACAAGUGGCGACUUUUCCACCAUGUGGUACUUACAGCUAUAUCACCCUGAUCUCUCUCCCAUGACCAGCAUGGGAUUGGCAAUGAUGGCGGGUCUAUCAACAUCGCUGAUCCUGGAAACUGUGCUAUUACGUCGUUCGAUGAAGGUACCUUACCCAGCAGCAUUCAAAACAGCAAUGGGGAUGAGUUUUGCUUCAAUGAUAGCCAUGGAAUUAGCCGAGAAUGUAGUGGACUGGCAUUUGACCGGAGGUCAAGUGCUAUUCCAGGACCCCAAGUUUUGGAUGGCAGCAGCGGCAAGCACUGUGGCAGGAUACGUGGUGCCAUUACCUUACAACUACUGGCGCUUGAAAGCUCUUGGUAAAGCUUGUCAUUAA